AUGCCUGGCACGAAGAAGGGCCGUGCGACGCCGCCGGCCGGGCUCCUCCUCCCGCAUGUGAUCGAGGCAAUUGCCACGUCCUUCUACAUGAGUGUUGACUUUACAGCCUUUCUCGACGCGGUGCCCCGCUCGCUCUGGACGCCGGCGCUCGAAGCCUUUGUCAGCGUCAGAGCCUUGGCAACGUCUUGCGUCUACAGCGACUGGCCCCACCUGGUGCUCACCGAGACGAACGUGCCGCCCGAGGUUCUGCCGAUGCUGGUGAAGACGCUGUCGCUGCGCUUGCGUAUCGACAUUGAAUGCCCGAUCUACGAAGCGGCGCCGUUGGCCCAGCUUGUCCCGAGCAUCGGGCCCGCGCUGAGCUACAUUGACCUUUCUUUCGACGACACCCUCAUGAUCAACGGCCAAGGCCAAACGAUCGCGAACCUCCUCUUGCAAGAGUGCCCGUGCUUGCGCGAGAUUUUGGUCAAUGUCGUGGCUCUCCGCAACAACAUCAAUGACGACGAGCUCGUCGAGCUCAGCGAUCUGCUGGCGGCCGUCGCCCACCCGCGCGUCGAGCAGAUAAUGCUCUUUCUAGAGGGCGCCCAUGCGACACCGCGGCUCGGGCAUUAUCUGGCGUCCUGGCUCUCGAGAGCCCCAACGACGAUGCUGAACCUGCGCGAUAUCGCGCACAUGGACGACGCUGCGGGAAUUGCAUUCUGUGACGCGCUUCAAGCCAACACGUCGCUCAACAAUCUCGCGCUCCACCGUGUCGCCAACCUCAUGGACUUUCGCGGGCGCACGCUCCCGUCGUCUAUGGAACGACUCGAAUGGAACGCCCGCUUCCACGACCCCCACGUCGACGACGCGACGAUCGAGCACCUCGCCAUCGCCGUGGGCCCAACAAAGCUUGAACACUUUGGCUGCAGCGUCUUUGGCAGACACCAAUGCUAG